AUGAUUAACUAAAGAUUACUUAAUUAAUAAAAGAAGACCGUAAAAGUCGAGUUCAGGGUUGAUAUUAUAAGGGGUCUGCCGACAUAUAUAGCCAGCAGAGCUCAUGGAAUGUAAACUGUAAAGUGCGUGGUGAGGAAACAUGAUGGAAAGUCGUAAUAUUAUUUCAAAGCAGCCCAUCAUCCUCUUCAGCUAUGUUGUUGUACUCACAGUGCUUAUGUGCACUGAACCAAUCAAAUCCCAAGCACAGGUGGGGACUCUUGCAGAUGAUGAAGUGGAAGCCCUUCGUGACAUAGCUGAUCAACUCAACAAAAAGGACUGGAAUUUCAGUGACCCAUGCAGCAAUAUUCCAACUUUCUCAACACCACACACGGAUCAGUACAAUAAUACUCUCGUCUGCAAUUGCUCCUUCCCAGGGAAAGUAUGCCACAUCCAAAGCAUGUGGCUUGUGGGGCAAGACCUCGAUGGUGUGCUUCCACCAGCACUAGUGAAGUUGCCUUACCUUAAGGAAGUUAAUCUGGGCCAAAAUUACCUUAGUGGUUCAAUACCGUUCGAAUGGACUUCUACUAAGUUGGAAUCUCUGGUUCUCAGCGUGAACAAGUUAUCAGGACCUAUUCCUGGCUAUCUGGGAAUCAUAACUACUCUCCGAGCUUUGUCUUUGGAAAGCAACUUAUUUUCUGGACCUAUUCCCCUGGAGCUUGGGAAAUUGGUUAACAUGGAGAUUCUCUAUUUAUGUGCCAACGAUCUCACUGGAGAGUUGCCUGUGGCUCUCACUAAUCUGACCAAAUUGAAAAUACUCCGGAUUGGCAGUAACAACUUCACGGGAAGAAUACCCAACUAUUUUCCUAGUUGGAAAGAACUCCAGGAUCUCGAGAUGCAAGCGAGUGGUCUUAAAGGGCCCAUCCCUUCUAGCAUUUCUUCCUUAAAUAAUAUGACAAACCUAGCGAUUAGUGACUUAAGUGGUGAGAGUUCAGAUCUUCCAAAUUUAUCAAAAAUGAAAGACUUGCAGAAAUUGAGUUUAAGGAGCUGCAAUAUAACAGGAACAAUCCCUGAAUAUUUCUCUAAUAUGAAAAGUCUACGACAUUUGGAUCUUAGCUUCAACAGAUUGAAAGGGAACAUUCCCGAUCUUGCAGAUUUAUUGGGACUGAUCACAAUAUAUCUGACAAGUAACUUGCUUACUGGGCUUCCGGAGUGGAUCAAAAAUAGAGAUACUCGCUACAUAGUAGAUCUUUCCUAUAACAAUUUUUCAGAGAACUCUGUCCCAACUACAUGUCAAGAUACCUUUAACAUGUUCAAAAGUUUUUCCAGACAAAACAACUCAAUUCUUAGCAGUUGCCUCUAUCCAUGUUCAAAAGAACAGUAUUCGGUGCAUAUAAAUUGUGGUGGAAAACAAGUCACCGUUGGAAGCUUAAAAUAUGAUGCUGAUGAAGCUUCAGGAGGCGGAGCAAAGUUUUUUCAUCAUGAGACAAGGAAUUGGGGAUUUAGUAGCACUGGUGAAUUUGGGAUUAAGAAUUUUGACCAUUACUUCAUAGCAGAAAAUAUCUCCUUACUCAAAAUGACCAACUCUGAAUUGUACAGAACUGCAAGAAUUUCUCCUCUUUCUCUCACAUACUAUGCCCGUUGCUUAGGAAACGGAAAUUACACCGUGAAAUUACACUUUGCGGAAAUAGUGAUGAGAGACAAUAGGUCUUAUUACAGUGUUGGAAGACGAAUUUUUGAUGUAUAUAUCCAGGAAAAAUUGGUAAUGAAAGAUUUCAAUAUUGAAAAGGAAGCACAAGGGGUUGAUAAGGAAGUGAUUAAGGUAUUUAAAGCAGUUGUCAGUGAUAGGGCUUUAGAGAUCCGAUUUUAUUGGGCCGGGAAAGGGACAUCAAAUGCUCCGAGAAGAGGAAUAUAUGGUUCUCUUAUAUCUGCUAUCUCAGUGGAGUCUGAUUUCAAACCUCCCGAUGAUAGAAAAACGAAGAUAUUCAUUGUGGUUGGAGUUCUUUCAGCGCUGUGCCUCUUUUUCAUAACUGUUGGCAUUCUUUGGCUAACAUACUUUAAGGACCGUAGGAGAUCUACUAGGGAACAAGAUCUGAAAGGAUUAGAUCUGCAAACUGGUUUCUUUGGGUUCAAACAAAUCAAAGCUGCCACUAACAACUUCGAUGCUGCGAACAAGCUUGGGGAAGGUGGCUUUGGAGCUGUUUACAAGGGCGAAUUAUCAGAUGGUACUAUUAUUGCAGUUAAGCAACUUUCUUCAAAAUCAAAGCAAGGAAAUCGAGAAUUUGUGAAUGAAGUAGGCAUGAUUUCUGCUUUACGACACCCAAAUCUUGUUAGAUUGUAUGGAUGUUGCAUUGAGAGAAAUGAGUUAUUGUUGGUAUAUGAAUAUAUGGAGAACAACAGCCUCGCACAUAGUUUAUUUGGUCCAGAGGAAAGCCUAAAGAAAUUGGACUGGAAUACAAGGCAGAAAAUAUGUGUUGGCAUUGCAAAAGGUUUGGCUUUCAUGCAUGAGGAGUCAACCCUGAAAAUUGUUCAUAGGGACAUCAAAACUACCAAUAUACUGCUUGACAAGGACUUGAACCCUAAAAUCUCCGACUUUGGUCUGGCCAAGCUGGACGAAGAGGAGAAGACGCAUAUUAGCACCCGAGUAGCUGGAACUAUAGGAUACAUGGCGCCCGAAUAUGCAUUAUGGGGACAUUUAACUGAUAAAGUCGAUGUUUACAGUUUUGGGGUGGUUGCACUAGAGCUCAUAUCUGGCAAAAACAACAUCAAAUUUCGGCCCUAUGAGAAUUAUGUAUGCCUUCUAGAUUGGGCUUUUGUUUUACAACAGACUGGAAAUCUGAUGGAGCUGAUCGAUCCAAAGUUGGGCUCCGACUUUAACAAGGAACAGGCAAUGAGAAUGAUUAAGGUCGCUAUACUAUGCACCAACCCAGCACCGGCAUUAAGACCUACAAUGUCUGCAGUAGUGAGCAUGCUUGAAGGUCGAGCUAUAGUUCAUGAACUGAACAUAAAUCCAAGUAUUUACGGUGAUGAAAUGAGGUUUGAGUCCCUUAGAGACGAGUCUAACAGUCGGAGUGCAUGCGAGACAGAAAGCUUAAUUUAUUUAUCUGAUCCAAUAGCAAUUCCCUCUUCCCACUCGUCUGUCCAAGAUUUGUAUCCGGUAAAUUUUGAUUCUUGAUAGUCAAAUCAUCAUAUUCAUACUCAUAAGUGCGUCAGACAUAAGGUCAUUUUUUAACGAGUGUUAAGUUCUUCUAAUCCAUUAUGUUUAUGUGCAACUAUGAAAAUUAUAACAAAUCCCAAACAUUGGCGAGUUACAGUU